AUGGUUUUCUCCAGUCUCGAUCCGGGUCGACAGACCUAUCACCUGUGGCGGCGCUUCUCCAUGCCCACGGUCCACGGGUCCAGAGACGCCAUUGCGGUCGAGGCUAACGUCGCCAACCAACUCAACUCAGCGUACAGCUUUCUGGUGCAGUUGAUCAUAGUCGAUUUCUGGGUCAUUAUGAUCCUUGCCGGAGUCGUGCUCUUCCUGGGCAAGGAGAAACAUAGCCAUAACAGCGGCGUGAUAGCCACGGGCGUCUGGAAUGCAAAAGACUCGCCCAGCGCCAUCUGCAAGCUGACGGGCUCCUAUUUAUUCAAGAUCAAAGACAAGCGACGUGUGCAUCUGUUUUGGUGGACCUUGCUCGCAGGCGGCUUUGUGGUCGCCAUUUAUGCAAUCCCCAUCAAAGUCGCGCCGUACAUCAUCAUCGACAAUGCGGCACCCGUUGCAGCCUCUGCCAUCUAUGUCCCAGCCCUCAGUGUUACACAGGAUGCAAAGAAUGGAGUGCAGAUCAACGCGCUCGAGGCGCCGUCCGCAUUUCGCGCAGCGGGGAGUGUCUUGGUCGCCAACUCCACAGGCCGCACGCACGUUUCCAUCGAUCCGCCUGAAACGAUCCAAGACCUCGGUGACGGUGAGGCCAUCAUACGUGUGGGAUACACGUACAACAUCACGGGGGUGGACUUUGGCCUGCAAUAUUAUCCAGAUCUCGUCCUGAGCGUUCAAGGGUCGUGCCAGACGGACUAUUCAUGGCUCUUGGCCGAAACUGUAGACGACUCCAACAUCAUUACGGACGAAUACCUGCUUUUCAAUGACCCCAGCCAGGGCACGCAGAACGUCUCGUUAUACGACAGCGCCAGGCCCCUGGGGUAUUUCUUUCAGGGCCCUGCCUCUCCCACAGGACCCGCAGGAAAUUGGACUUGGGGUGCACUGGUCUCCUCCGUGCAGCGCCAGAGCAUCACGGCCGGCACGGACCCAUGGUAUCUGACCGCUCCUGAUGGCGGCAGCGAUGUGGGUUUCAUUGUCCAGGGUGGACGACCGGCGCUGUCGUGCUGGCAGAACGACGUCUGGUCAUACCGUGGACACCAAAGCACAGCUGUGGCCCUCGAUUCGACCUCUCUUCCCGGCUUAGAAAUCUCGCCGGGUUUACAAGACAUCUUGGCUCGCUUUCUGUCACUGCCCAAGAUCGUGACGUUGGCCACUCGCCUGGGUGCCUCGGCGCUCGUAUCCACCGAUACUUCGCUGGGCGAAAAGUUCGACGCCGGAGCGUCUAGCUUCCACAAUGAUCUUGAACGGCUGGUCUUUGCCUCUUACAUCGCCACCAUGAACACGCUCACCGACACCACGCUGUUCUCCACCAACAACUACGGCAUCCCGAACGAGGCCACCGGGUCUGAUGGCAAGCCAAGUCCCGGCGUUGACGCGUUCGUCAUCUGGAGCAGCGAAGUGUCGACUCUGUCGAUCCUUGCCCUCAUCAUCAUCCCCGUCAUGACAGUUGCCAUGAAGGUAAUUGUUUGGGCUCUCACGGAGAUGCCAUUUUCCUGGUACCGCAUCCAGGCCCUACAAGCGACCGUGCUGUACAGUUGUCUGCACGAGAAGGCCGCUGGGAUCAACGAUGUGGAAUGCAACCGUCAAGGCGAUCGACCGUGGGUUGAGAAAGGAGACCACGAGCAGGCUGUUUUCAGGCCAAGGUUCGACAGGGAGAGCCGAACGCUCAGUUGGGGUGCAGCAGAGCAUAGAGAAGUGACCCUUGGAAUCGGGCCAACACCUCUAUCCCCAAGGGGCACGAUGAAUCUCGAAGUACCACAGGCCAAUGUUCCGACGGAGUACUUCGCACCACAACCUCAAAGCCAGGCUCCUAACGAGAAGUCAGCGUCUGGCGUGCAAACGCAAGACUCCGGCGACCUCACACCAUUGUCAGUGAGUCAACCGCUCCUGCCUCCAGGAGCUAGGCCUCGAUAG